GUGACAAUCAAAACGUGAUGAAUAUACGGUGACGUGUGCAUUCUUCGGUUUAUCUUCGUCACCGAGUAGUGUAGAAUCGAACGAAAAUAAAGAAGAGGACGACUGGCCAAGCGGCGAUACAAGUGCCCUUUCCUUGUUGUUGUAAAAUCACGCACGAAUAUCAUUGUAAAACGAGAAAAUGGGCUCUACCACUUCGACAUUAGGCGACCACAGAGUCGUGAAAAUAAAUGUUAAGAACGAUCCGCUGGAAAUACCUUUCGUUAACAACCGGAUCGUAUCAAAUAAGUACACACUAUGGAACUUCCUUCCGAAGAAUCUCUUCGAGCAAUUCCGAAGGAUAGCGAACUUUUACUUCCUGCUGACGACCGUGAUCGCGCUCUCGAUAGAAUCGCCCAUUUCGCCGGUGACCAGCGCCUUGCCUUUAGCAUUCGUCAUCCUUGUAACUGCGUGCAAGCAGGGAUAUGAGGAUUACCUGCGCUACAGAAUGGACCAGCAAGAUAAUCAAAGAUCGGUCACCGUUAUCCGCAACAAAUGUGCGCAGAAUAUACAUUGCGAGCAGAUAGUAGUAGGGGACCUCGUGAAAGUCACUCGAGACGAAGACGUGCCGUGCGACAUCCUUCUUCUUCAUAGCGAGACGCCGGGCUGUUGUUACGUCACGACAUCUAAUCUCGACGGGGAAACAAAUUUGAAGACAUUGUUAAUCCCGAAAGUCGUCUCAAAGAUGUCACUCGAGCAAAUAGUGGCUGCUGAAGCAACAAUCACGUGCCAGCACCCCCUGGCUGAUCUCUACACGUUCUUUGGCAAGCUCGAAAUUAACAAUGGCAAUGAAAUGACUAAUGGACACCUGACGAUAGACAAUCUGAUGCUUCGCGGCUCGCGACUAAAAGACACGGAAUAUGUAAUCGGCUAUGCAGUCUACACCGGACAGGACACGAAAUUGUCGCUCAACUCAAAAAUCGUCAGCAAUAAAUUCUCGACUGCCGAAAGGUCGAUCAAUAAAUAUCUUAUCGUGUUUAUCGUGUUACUGUUGCUCGAAGUGCUGUUGUCAACUAUGUUGAAGCUGUACGUCGAAAGCUACUCGAAGUGGGAAGUUUACUUAGGCUCGCACUACAAAACUACCUUCUCCACUCUGGUUAUGGAUAUCUUGAAUUUCGCCAUUUUAUAUAACUACAUCAUACCGAUAUCACUGUACGUCACCGUCGAAUUACAGAAAUUCCUCGGCUCCUUUUUUUUUGGCUGGGACUUGGACAUGUAUGAUAAAGACAAAGAUCAGCCAGCACUCGCCAACACGUCAGACUUGAACGAGGAGCUCGGCCAGGUUGAGUAUUUGUUUACCGAUAAGACUGGCACGCUCACUGAAAAUCUGAUGGUGUUCAGGCGCUGUUCGAUCGACGGGAAUGUAUACAUGGAGAAAGAUUGCGACGGGAAUCUUUACCUACUACCGCUAAGCGGAAACGAGGAAGAAGCUGUGAAAGUGACGUCGUGGCAGGCGGAGAUUUGGCACUUCAUGAUCAGCAUCUCCCUGUGCCACGUGGUGCAUAUCGCACCGCCGAGUCAACGUCCAGUGGUCGUGGCCAGGCGCACAUUGUUCCGCGAGAGCUUCAGAUUGAAGAAAGUCACCCGAGUUAACAGCUCGCUGAUGAUGCAUCCGGACUUGCCGGAGUAUCAGGCGGCAUCGGCGGACGAGAAGGCGUUGGUGGAGGCAAGUGCCAGGUGUGGCGUGAUUUUUCAAAAGGACACCAACGAUGAAAUGGAGGUGAAGGUUAACGGCAUAGCGUCGGUCUUCAAGAAGCUGGAAAUACUGGAGUUCAGCUCUGAACGAAAGAGAAUGUCGGUAAUAGUGAAAGACGAAACGGGCGAUCACUGGCUGUACUGCAAGGGUGCGGAUUCGGCCGUUUUUCCGUUGAUCGUUAGUGGGAAAGUCCAAGAAGCGGCCGCUCAUGUUGCCGAUUUCUCUAUGAGAGGCUUACGAACGCUCGUAGUCGCAUGCAAGAAAAUGGAUCAGCUCGAGUACGAACAACUGUUACGAGACAUCGAACAAGCCCGGCAGAUGAUUGGUAGCGACAGAGCGACUCAUAUAACACGCGCAUAUAAUCAUAUAGAGAACGGACUCACUCUGCUCGGAGUAACCGCGGUGGAGGAUCGCCUGCAAGACGACGUGCAGGAAACCUUGGAGUGCUUGCGAGUCGCUGGAAUUAAAGUAUGGAUGCUCACCGGGGAUAAAGGAGAAACCGCGGAGAACAUCGCUUUUCUUUGCGGUCAUUUUAAAAAAGGUACUGAGGUUUUACGGCUGAUGGGAGAGACUUCGGGACAAACCUGCUUCGUGACUUUGACAGUGUUCGAACGGAAAGUGAAACUGGAACCGCAUAAGCAAUAUGGAUUGAUAAUAGAUGGUACGAGCAUGACAAUGACAAUGCAAAAUUGCCCGGAAUUAUUGAAAACCGUGGGAAUGGCUUGCGAAGCUGUAGUUUGUUGCAGGCUAACGCCUUUACAAAAGAGCGAGAUUGUGCACCUGAUAAAAAACGCAAAGGGUCGUCCACAUACCGCGGCCAUCGGCGACGGCGGUAACGACGUAUCGAUGAUACAAGAAGCUCACGUGGGAAUCGGGAUAUUGGGAAGAGAAGGUCGCCAGGCUUCCAUGUCGGCCGACUUCGCGUUCUCGAAAUUUAUGUUCCUGAAGAAGGCGUUGCUGGUGCACGGCCACUGGUAUUACCAGCGCAUCAGUAUCUUGACGCAAUAUUUCUUCUACAAAAACUUUGUCUUCAUCACGCCGCAGGUGCUGUUCGGCCUGCACAACGGAUUUUCCACGCAAGAACUUUACGACGGUAUGUUCUUCAUGUUUUUCAACAUGAUAUUCACGUCACUUCCGGUGCUGGUGUACGGAUUAUUGGAGCAAAGCUACAACGCGAAGAAGCUCAUACAACAACCGUAUUUGUACAAGCUAUAUAGAAAGAAUUAUUUACUGUCAAGACAACAGUUCAUGAUAUGGAUGUGUCUGAGUUUAUGGCAUACAUGCGUGACGUAUUUUAUGAUAUAUUAUCUCACGUACACCAAUCCCGCAUAUUUAUAUGACAAUACUACGGUUGGACAAUGGGCUUUCAGCACGAUCAUUUUUCAUCUAGUCGUUUUGAUAACGAAUAUGCAGAUAUUGCUACGUAGCUCAUACUGGACCUUCUAUUUUGUGCUAAGCGUAAUAUCGUCCGAAAUAGCAUUCUUCUGUUUCGCGCUUAGUUACUCAUACAUAAAAAAGAGAUACGACGGCGACAUGCUGGGGGUCUACCAAAAGUUAAUAAUGUCACCCUCCUUCUGGUUAAUCACUCUAAUCGUCAUCGUUAUUUGCUUGAUACCCGAUUAUUUAUUGAUGACAUAUACCACCUAUAGCCCGAUGAAGAUUCUUCGGAAGAACGAAGAAUUUCCUCAAUCUGAUGAUUGUAGCGACUACAGCUAUGAGUUCGAGACACGUCGCGGAAGACACAUACGGAAAAGUAAGAGACACACUGAAAGAACUAUUGUUCGCAGAAAUCUCGAUUCCUCGGAUUCUGACCGGCAGAAUGGUGAUCAACUUCAAGGGGAAUCCAUACAAUUACAGAAUUAUUGAAAAAAAUUUUUAGCAUUUUGACCCUCCACAUGAUGUUCUAAAUGGAACAUUGACACUAAUUGGGAUAUUUACUUUAUCACAUGGACAAUAAAAUAAAAUACAAGUGUACUUGAAAAACUACAAUAUAUAUUGAACUUGAGAUAAGAUGUAUCAAGCUAGUAAAAAAAAUGCACGAUUUCAUGCAUUUUAACACGCAUGUUGGUCGGCACACUGUAAGAAGAUCAACUCAUAAAUUAUUACUGUACAUUUUUUAGAAAAUUUAUGUAGUAAAUCGAGUUGCUUCCAGUAUGCCAGAAAAGGAAUAAAAAAUUGUGUACCGUGACGCUAACUUCGCAUAAAACACACAAUGUACGUGUAACGAACUUGAACCUCGACCUACCGCAAUUAAUUAUGACGGCCAAUGAUUUGCAAUACUGAAGUAUUGCGCGUAAGGAAGAACAACGCGAGAAAUCGAGCGGCAAAUGACAAUUGUAGUGUUCUCUAAUUUCCCUCUUCCUCUGUGAUGUAUAAGUCAUAUUUGUAAUAUAUAUUUUAUACUAGACUAAAGUGAAUUUUUCUCCCUGAUCCGUCGAUAUAUUUCCAUUCUAAAUAUAAUACCAAUUAUGUGCAUAAUACCAUUUAUGUGCACACAAUACGUUAACAUAUAAACUUUCUACCGUGCCCGUUGAGAAAUUAUGCGUCAAUUAAUUCCGUCAAAACUGAAUUAAAUAAAAACGUAGAUUGCAAUACCGGUUCGAUCCAAUACGUUACUUGCUACGAAUGUUCGAUGACACAUGUGGAUGAUAAGGCACGUAAUCUAUUACAAACAAAAGAUAGUGGAAGAACCAAUCGGUACGAGAGCUAGCGCGGUACUGAUCGAUUUAUUCCUGUGGAUCGAUCAGUCGGAGCGGACAUGUUGAUAAGUCUCGCGUCUACCUUCAC